UACAAUCAUAUUUUAUUAUUGACCAAACUAUAUACAACCCGGGAUUCUACAACUAAGGGAGGCUUUUUGGUAGCUUUUACUUCAUCUGCCAUCAAUUAUUCAUAUUCCAUCUAUUUGAAUAUUUUAAGUUUUGCUUAGUUCCUUCAAGGAUCCUUCGAAUUCAGACUCUAACGGGUGGUGAUUGUCCAUUCAAAUUCUUCACGUUCUUGAAAAUUUCGCCAUAGAAGUGUGUAACCCAAGUUUGGUUACUUACUAUAUUUAUAUGUCACAUAUACGACUUCCAUUUUCUAUAUGUGUUGAAAGCUGAAACUGUUGGACGACGGAAGGAAAGAUGAGCUUUCAUAUGUUAUUUUCUGGCAUAAGGAACGCCUUUAGGAAGGAUGAACUAGGCCUGGAAAUAAUGCAUAUAUCACUGCCUACCACUCUUGCUUUGGCUGCAGAUCCUAUUGCUUCUCUGAUUGAUACUGCAUUCAUCGGACACAUAGGCCCUGUGGAGCUUGCUGCAGUGGGGGUAUCAAUUGCAAUUUUUAAUCAAAUCUCAAAAAUAGCAAUAAUUCCUCUGGUCAGUGUUACAACCUCGUUGGUUGCCGAGGAAGAUGCCGUCGAGAAAUUACAAAAUCAACCAUCAGAAACAGAAAUGCUGAUCCAUGCCUCUUCUGUGACUGAGGAAACAAAAUUGGAAGUGGAACAAGUUGAUCCUGAGUGCAGUACAUCAUCAAGAAAUGUUAAUAGAGUAGCUAAACUUGGCCAUGACAAAAGCUAUAUUCCAUCAGCUUCAUCAGCAAUAGUUAUUGGAGCUGUUCUCGGCAUCUUACAAGCUCUCUUUCUCAUUUUUACAGCCAGACCAAUCUUGAAUUACAUGGGAGUCGAUUAUAAUUCUCCAAUGUUGAAGCCGGCACAGCAAUACUUGACUCUGAGGUCAUUUGGUGCACCAGCUGUGAUACUUUCUAUGGCCAUGCAAGGAGUUUUUCGAGGAAUCAAAGAUACGAAAACACCUUUAUACGCCACAAUUGUGGGAGAUGUAACAAAUAUCAUUUUAGAUCCAUUGCUUAUCUUCGUACUCCGGUUGGGAGUCAGCGGUGCAGCAAUCGCACACAUUAUCUCCCAGUACUUGAUUUCCUUGGUGUUGUUGUGGAGUUUAAUGAAGCAAGUUGAUCUAAUGCCUCCAAGUAUCCAAGAUUUUCAAUUUGGGAAGAUUCUAAAAAAUGGGUUUCUGCUAUUGUUGAAAGUUACAGCAGUGACAUUCUGUGUGACACUGUCAGCAUCCCUUGCAGCAAGACAAGGAUCAAUAACCAUGGCUGCCUUCCAAAUCUGCUUACAGAUUUGGAUGGCCACCUCUUUGCUUGCUGAUGGAUUAGCUGUUUCUGCUCAAGCCAUUCUUGCAAGUGCGUUUGCGCAAAGGGAUUACCAUAAAGUGAUCACAUCGGCUUCCCGUGUUCUUCAGCUUGGGCUGAUUCUGGGGCUGGUUCUCUCAUUCCUUCUCUUUAGUCUGCUCCCUUUUGCUUCUAAGUUAUUUACAAACGACGUCGCUGUUCUGCAUCUUAUUGGUAUUGGUAUUCCGUAUGUUGCAGCCACUCAACCCCUCAAUUCACUAGCAUUUGUUUUUGACGGAGUAAACUACGGAGCUUCGGAUUUCAUAUACUCUGCUUACUCAAUGAUUUUGGUGGCAUUGGUGAGCAUAUUUAGCUUAUAUAUGUUAUCCUCAAGCUAUGGCUUUAGUGGUAUCUGGAUUGCUUUGUCUAUUUACAUGAGCCUCAGGACAUUUGCUGGCUUUUGGAGGAUAGGUACUAGAUCAGGACCUUGGCACUUCCUGAAGGAAAACUAUGCACUACUACAAUAGUUCCAAGCUAUUUCUAUCAGUAUAAAUUUAUAGUUCAGUCUCUCACAUGCACAGAGUAUAGUACAAUCCAUAUUGAAGAGAAUAGAAUACUCCCCAUUCAUGGAGUGAUCCCAUUUUGGUAGGACUUAUCUUAAUUUGAAAAUGUAUUCUUUACUUUUAAUGUAUGUAUGUAUGUAUAUCAUGAAA